AUGAAUCGCCUUCUUCAGCAUAAGGCUGAAACCCUCAACCAACUUUCGGUGCUUUGUGGCGUGCCCAUACGGUCUACUAAGGUGGAGAAAGCUCGUCUGCUUCUUCAUACCAUCAACUUCUACCUUCGUCUACCACCCACCCUCGACUUGGUGGCUAUUGACAUUGGAAUCAAGAACUUUAGUUACUGUAAAAUCACCGCCUUUGACGUGGCCACGUUUUCCCCCACCAGUUUACCGCUAAAGGUGCUGUUCAAUAGCUGGAAGACCAUUAACUUGACGGAAAAGUACCCACCCAACGGCGAUUUCGAUAAGUUCAACCGGUACGGCUCGUUUGACUACAACGACUUGCUUCACGAUAAGUAUUACUUGAGUUAUUUGAAUUAUAGGGUGUUUCAAGAGCUCUUUACUCCCAACCAACACCACUUGAAUGUGGUGUUGAUCGAAACUCAGCGCACAAAGUCCAACAACAACAAGGUGACGUUGCCCAACAUUCUCGGCAACUACCACUUUGAAAAUCUUUUCUAUGCCCAGAUGCUCCGUACGACGUUGGAGUCCAAACAGCCCUUGGAGUCCUUAUUGUUACCGAUGAACUCCAAUAAAAUGACCAGUUUCACUAUCAACCGGUUCUUGGACAAGGUGCACAUUAACUCGGCCAAUUCCAAGAAGCUCCGGUUGAGAUUUUUCAUCCAUCUCGUGAACAAGGGGAUUUUGCAGCUUGAUUCUUCGUUAUCACUUCCCACCGACUCGCGCAAGCUAUUGGCCUUUUACAACUCACGGGAGCCAAUUAAGAUCAAGAAAUUGGACGACUUGUUCGACCUGUUCUUGUACAACUUCAACUUUAUGUACAACUAUUCGAAUAGUGUGUGCUUGCACCACUAUCUUCAAAAAGAGAAGGAUCUCGAUGAGCUCGUGCACCUUCUCAAUUACGACCAGCUUACGAAUCUUCACGACUUAUUCACCAACGAGAACUACAGUUUAAACAGUUCUUUUGCCGAUUUUCACGAGGGGGUCUCACGCCCUACAUUUGACAUAGAUAGGACCCUCUGGGAAUUGGAACCAUUGGUUAAUGAUAUAGAAUGA